GCUGUGAUUGGACGGUUCCUAUGCAAGUGUUGCCACAUUUCAAGAAUCUCAAUCAUUGCGACGUUUGGUCGGUCUAUUAGUCCAACGGUCAUGAUAUGAUGAUGCGAAGCCAAGCUCGUCGAAGAUUGUACUGCUGUGAUUGGUUGGCUCGCUACGCAAGUGUCGCCACAUUUCAAGAAUCUCAAUCAUUGAGACGUUCGGUCGGUCUAUUUUCCCAACGGUCGUAACAAGGUGAUGCGAAGCCAAGAACCCGCUCCGUAUUUUCUGCGUAUUUUGCUCGUCGAAGGCUUAAAACCAAGGGAAACGCAUCGGGAGCGAAACAAUCGACGAUACGGUACUCCCGUGAUAAAAUGGCAUCCGCGUAUCUGAAAGGCACUCGCAAGACGUACAGCUUCGAGGAGCGAAAGAUCCUCAUAUCGUUGAUAAACAAGUACGAGAUAAUCGAGGGCAAGAAGUCGGAUUCGGUCUCUAUAUGCAAAAGGAAAUCGGCUUGGUCGCUGGUUGCCGAGGAGUACAACUCGUUGGUCGGGCCUCAGGGUGCACGUUCCGCAGUGCAACUCAGACGUUGCUGGGAAAACAUGAAGGCCUGCAAGCGCAAUCGCGAGGAGAAAAAGACUCGUACGAAAGCGGUUUAUCAAUGGACGAAAGACGAGACUCGGGGAAGGGACCAGUGCUGGGAAGUUGCGGCAACUUGCGGGCAGAAUACAUCGGAAGCGCCAACAUCUACCGGAACCGUCGGAUUGCCACCGAAUGUGUUAUUCGAACCAACGGACUCUGAGCCGUUCACGUUGCAAAGCGUUUGCACCACGAGACUUCAGAAGCCGAGCUGUUCGAAGGAUGCGGACAGUUGCCGAGACAUGAGUUAUGGCGAUACAUUCAAGCAAAUCAUCACCGAUAAAAACAAAUAUGAGGCUUUCGUGGCAUCUUGCAGCCCGAUGGUUGAUUGUCAAGUAAAAUCAGUGAAAACAAACGCCGACCCGGUUACGAUCAACCAAUCGGCGAAAGAUACCCUUGAGAAGGCUCACGUAAAUUCAGGUUUAAACAAUUCGCAUAUCUUAACGUCGCCCUCCGUGAUGCAGCAGUAUAAUCGCAAGAGAAAAUCAGCGCAGCGGGAGGAGGAGUUGCACAUGCUCGCGCUCUCGGAGGCGCAGAUGAAAGUCGACAUCGCCGCGAUGCUGAAGGAGGAGGCAAGGAUCAAGUUGGAGGAGGCUCACUAUCGCAAGGAAGAGGCGCGACUCAGGAUGCUGCUCUUCACUUACAAACUGGACAGAGUCAAGUAGGACUGACGGUAGAUGGAUAAUAUGUUCACGUAAGCCCACUUUCUUUAUUUUUAUUUUUGUCAGAAGCAAGAUGGAUUGGUUACGUGAGUAACAAAUGAGACUGUCUUGUAUGUAAUGUCGAUU